GUACCGUCAAGAUGUUAUUUUGAAAUGUAAGACGGACGUCAAAGCUGCUUUAAAAUCCAACACAUUGCUUUCUCACUCUUUCAUGUCCGGCCCCUCACCCAUUCUUUCCCAAAUCCGAACACUUUUUCCACUCAUUCUUGUAAUCCCAGUGAAGAUUUAACUUUGUUGAGUGUAAGUUUUUAUACCAAAAGACAUACUCCUUAUGCAAAAGUUCAUAUUCAAAACUGUUCUGGAGUGAGCCUCUUUGUAAAAAGCCCUAAUUUUUCCAUCUGGGUCAUUGAGAUUUAGGGUUUUAAUCAAAACCCAAAUCUCUGUUUUCCUCUUUAGACCUACAAAGAUAGUGAAUUGAAGCUAUUAUGUUGUGUACAUAAUGUGCAAUUACUUGUAUUAGGUUUUAGAUUUUGUGGAUCUUUUGUGUGUUUGAUUUAGGGAAAUGGAUGGGCGGAGAAUAUGUGCGAGUCCUCGUCCAUGUUGUGGGAGGAGGGUGGUGGCGAAGAAGCGGCCACGUGGAGGGGUAGAUGGGUUUGUGAAUAGCGUCAAGAAGCUACAGCGGAGGGAGAUUUCUUCGAAACGCGACCGUUCUUUUAGUAUGAGCGAUGCUCAGGAGCGCUUUCGGAACAUUCGCUUACAGGAGGAAUAUGACACCCAUGACCCUAAGGGACAUUGUGCAAUGGUGCUUCCUUUUCUUAGGAAAAGAUCAAAGAUAAUUGAGAUAGUUGCUGCACGUGACAUUGUCUUUGCCCUUGCACAAUCUGGUGUAUGUGCAGCAUUUAGUCGAGAGACUAACGAGAGAAUAUGCUUUCUGAACGUCAGUCCAGAUGAAGUUAUACGAAGUUUGUUUUACAAUAAGAACAAUGACUCACUCAUCACUGUUUCAGUCUACGCAUCAGAUAAUUUCAGUUCCUUGAAAUGCAGAACCACAAGGAUUGAAUACAUUCGGAGGGGUAAACCAGAUGCUGGCUUUGCGCUAUUUGAGUCAGAGUCAUUAAAAUGGCCUGGUUUUGUGGAGUUCGAUGAUGUCAAUGGAAAAGUGCUUACCUACUCCGCCCAGGAUAGCAUAUACAAGGUCUUUGACCUGAAGAAUUAUUCAAUGUUAUACUCAAUCUCAGACAAAAAUGUUCAAGAAAUUAAAAUCAGUCCAGGAAUCAUGUUGUUGAUAUUUACCAAAGCUAGUGGCCACGUACCUCUGAAGAUUCUGUCCAUUGAGGACGGUACUGUUCUUAAAUCUUUCAACCAUCUUCUUCAUCGAAAUAAGAAGGUGGAUUUCAUUGAACAGUUUAAUGAAAAGCUUCUUGUCAAGCAAGAGAACGAGAAUCUUCAGAUUCUGGAUGUACGCAAUUCUGAGUUGACAGAAGUUAGCAGGACUGAGUUCAUGACCCCCUCAGCAUUCAUAUUUCUUUAUGAGAACCAGUUGUUCUUGACAUUCAGAAACAGAACAGUAGCUGUUUGGAACUUCCGCGGGGAGCUUGUUACUUCAUUUGAGGAUCACCUUUUAUGGCAUCCUGAUUGCAACACUAACAACAUUUACAUAACUAGUGAUCAGGACCUUAUUAUUUCAUACUGCAAAGCUGAUUCUGAUGAUCCCUUAUCUGAAGGAAAUGCGGGAUCUAUUAAUGUCAGCAAUAUUCUGACCGGAAAAUGCCUUGCUAAAAUCAAAGCAACCAAUGGCCUCACUGCUGAUGAUUGUAGUGCCAGUUGCAGUGGGCCCGGUGGUAGAUGCUGCAACUCACAAAAGCGGGUCCAAGCUUCCAGAAUUAGGAGCACGGUUGCAGAAGCCCUAGAAGAUAUUACUGCCCUUUUCUAUGACGAAGAGCGCAAUGAGAUUUAUACCGGAAACAGGCUUGGACUAGUCCAUGUAUGGUCUAACUGAAGGUUGACUAAUUCUCCUUGGUAGGUCUAAGAUUGUUCCUGAUGGGAGGAAUGUGUCAGGUAACAUUUGUAUCAUUAGGGUGGUGUUUGUUAGUCUUGUUACUCCCCGUGGAGGAAUGUUUGAGUUGUGUCAUCUAUUUUCUUUGGACUGUAUUGUCUGUUGAUGUGCUUGGGUGAUUGCCCUUUUUAGAUGAGAGAUUCUGCAGAUGAUUUGUAGCGAACUACUAGUACUUUUUUAAUUUAGGGCUGUCUACUGAUUCGUAGGCAGAGCGAGUUAACCAGUAAGAAGUCUCAUUUGAUUCAGCCA